AUGCUCUUGCUUGCUUUCCUUACACUUGCCCACUUUUCUGUCUCUGAAGCGUUUUCUAUCGGUCACCAUGCCGACGCUACCACCAACGCCGCCGGCUGUGUGUUCGGCGCCGAAGGAUCGUCAGCGACGACGCAACUUUUGGUCCUCGGCUCUUUUUUCGUCGAGUAUGCUGGCGUCUUUGCUGCCCCGCCACGAGCAGAAGCGCCCACUUGGGCUGCCGGCAUUCAAAAGCUGCAUGCUCACGGACUGCAAAAUGCUCAAGAUGUGCUUGGCUACCUUGCCACUGUGGAAAACGGAACGCUGGACGUGGUUGACAGUGAGCUGCCGGCCAAUCCGAUCCGAGCCCUCCUCGCCGUCGGCGCCGGCCUGCACGCCAUCCAGGAUCUGUAUGCCCAUGCGACGUGGGUCGAGCUCCACGCGCGCAACACUUCGUCAGAGUGUACUCUGUGCCUCCGCGCUGAUACCCUUGGCGCCUACACGCAAGCGCAGAUCGAGGCGCUCGGCAGUGCACUGCGGACCGGCAACGCCUCGCAGCACCUCCGCAAUCUCCCUCCCGCCGCCCGCAUCGAAGGCGAGUGGGUUCUCCGCAACCACCCUCUUGAGGCUCACGGCGACUACUGUCGCGGUCUCAACAAGGACUCGGCCAACCGCCCGCUGUUCCACGAAGCCUACGGCUUUGCGCUCGCGGCCUCCAUCGAGUUCCUCGAGCGCUUCAUUGUUACUGCAAGCGAGGCAACAGCCAUUGCUGCCGAGUACGUUGCCAUGCGCGACAUUGCCGUCCCGGCAGCCAUUCCCGUGGCGCAGGACGGUCAUUGGAAGGGCUCCGGCUCGGGCGAUGCCACCCACUUUGCCUCGGUCGAAGAGCCGUACUUUGCAGCAGACUGGCUCCGCUUCCCGCGCAAUGCCUUUGCAGCUCUGGCCUCGAGCCAGCCCUUUGCCGCGUACCUCGUCAAUCGCCUCUACAGCGAGACGAGAGCGUGGCCAGCAUCGGUGGGCUGGCCUCUCACGCGCCAGCCCUUUGCCGCACUCGGCGCCACACUCACCGGCUGCGCCAACCCACGGGCCAUAGUCGUCCGUACACUCGCCGCCAACAAGAUUGGGGCGGGCUCGGAUGCGGGAUCUGCCAACAAAGAAGACCUGUUCAUCCGCGUCCGUGCUCCCGUGACCUCGACUUCAACCGCGCUGCAUAGCUUUGACGAGGCGCCGCAUCUCGAAGCCGACUCGGUUGCAGACAUCAUGUGGUCCACACUCGUGCUAGUCUCCGGCUCGGGCGGCAGCGUCCCGCUCCAGAUCCAGCUGUACGACGACUCGGGCCUGCUCGGCAACGCCGCUGUGCUUGACAUCGGCACCUCGGGCGCCGACAAGCACGUCGCCAUCACCGUCGAUCCGGCCACAGGUACGCUCGCCGGCGAUGCCUCCGGCCUUCACGCUUCUCAGGCCAAUCCGGUGGCAGCCGUCGGCGCCAACGGCGCCGCCACGUUCUACGUCCGUGCACUCGCGCUUGGCGGUUGCUCCGGUGACGGUGCAGUGAUUGUCGCCGAUGCUGUCACUGCCCAGUGCCCCGAUGCCGAUGUCGAGACGCCGGUGGCCUUCUGGUGCCCGACUCUGCCCGCUGCGCCAACUCCGCCGUCGCCUCCGUCGCCACCGCCACCACCGUGCCAUGUCUACACCCACCGGCUCCUUUCCAAGCCGUACUUUGUUGUCGGCCUCCAACUGAUCUUCUCCGCCUCUGUCCCGUUCCUUCUCACCUAUCUCAAGCUCACCGCGCUUGAGAGGGCUGUCGAGGCCGCCACACGCGUGCCUUCGCUUCCGUCAGAUGAUCCACCGGCCUAUGCCGACGUCGUCAUGUCGACAACUUCAUCGUACGACUCGUACUCGUCCGAGUACGAGCAGCAAGAGGAGGAGGCAUCAAGGCGAUCACCUGCCCGCCCACGCUCACACUCACACUCACGCCCACACCCACGCUCACGCUCACGCUCGCGCUCGCGCUCGCGCGCCCGUCGUAAGGCGCAGAUCGACGCAGUGCAAAUUCCACUGGGCGCGCGAGUCGGCAUCUCAUAUCUCAUCGAGUUUGCGCAGGUCGUGGCGCAGGUGACCGCGCUCAUUAUCCUCUACGCUGCCUACAACCGCGAAUCCAACACUGCGGCCUUCCAGGCCUGCUCAGGCUUCUACCAGUACGAGGUGGCGUUUGUGUUCCUCUCACAGACUUCGUUCCUCACCCACGGCGCCAUCGUGUACCAAGUCUUCCAGGUUGGAUCGUGCCGGCUGCUGCGGCUGCAGCCGCUACGGAUGCUUGCCUCGUCGCUCUUCUUUGUCCUCCUCUUCACCAUCUCGGUGCCCUGGCUCGUCACCCACUACCUCCCAGCAACAAUUCUGUACAUCCCGCUGGUGGCGUCGGCGGCGCUCGUGCAGAUUCCGGUCAACCUCCCAGCGUACUACCUCCAUCGCCGGCUGGCCCGGCUGGCCACGCCGCACCUCCGCGAGGCCCGGCGCCGCACUCUGACCGCGGUUGAGAACAUGGCGGUCGAGAUUGACUUUAAUGUCACCGUCGCCGCCGCCCGAGCCCUCACGCUCCCCAUCACUAUCAUCCUCCCGGGCAUUCUCCUGCACUUUUACCACGGCUCGGCCUGGUUCCAGGCUGUCCGCGACGACUACAACGACCGCGACGCCGCCGAAUACUUUGCGUCGAUGCGUGAGGUCUUGUACGUAUUGGUCCAGGCGCUCGCCUGAGCCGCAUCAUCAUGCCGUCACGAGCAGUUUGCGCUGCUCAGCGAGCAUGCGCUUGUAAGUAACAAUGUCAUCCUUGGCCUUACGCAACGCACUCUUGUACUGCG